AUACCCCAACCACAAUUCCAUGAGCCCUCGCUCACUCUAUUCACAAUCACCCUCCAUUGUGAAAACAAGAAAAAAAGAAGGAUCUUGAAACACACAACAACAAAAAGAUCCGAAGAUUAUAGAAAAUAAAUACUAAUUAGUUCAUUUUCGAGGAUUUUGAAGAGAAUGGCGAUGAAAAAGGCAAACAAGCUAACACAAACGGCGAUGAUCAAGCAAAUUUUGAAGAGAUGCUCGAGCUUGGGGAAGAAACAGAGUAAUGAAUACAGCGAAGACGAAAACGGGCAUCCUCUCGACGUGCCUAAAGGUCAUUUCGUUGUCUAUGUUGGAGAGAAUCGAGUCAGGUACGUUGUCCCCAUUUUGCUUUUGACCCGACCAGAGUUCCAGCUUCUUCUCCAGCAAGCAGAGGAAGAGUUUGGUUUCGAUCACGAAAUGGGUCUCACUAUCCCUUGUGAAGAAGUCGUCUUCCAAUCUCUCACCUCCAUGCUCGGAUGAACAUAACUUUUAGGAUUUUGCUUCUCUUUUUAAUAACAGAGAUAGCUGAUGACUAAAUGUUUCUCUGUUUUAGCAGACUAAUUUUUAUAUGUUUUGGCUAGUACAUGGGUUUAGUGUUGUGUUAGACUGAGACCUAACCCUUAGAUAAACCCAAUGAGAAUGAUUUACUAUUCUUGGUUCUCUUUUCAGAUUUGUAAAAAACAAAACAAAUUGCUGAUGGAGAUCAAUCGUUGUUGAA